CCGCGGAGGCGAUGGCGCCGGCGGCGUCGAAGCUGCGGGCCGGGGCCGGGGCCGGGCUCGGGGCGCUGCCGCAGCGGGCGCUCGCCCAGUACCUGCGCCUCCUGCGGCUCUACCCGGUGCUCACCAAGGCGGCCACCAGUGGCGUUUUGUCGGCACUUGGGAACUUCCUGGCCCAGUUGAUUGUGAAGAAGCGAGAAAAAGAAAACUCCCAAAAGCUAGAUGUCAUUGGGCCUCUCAGAUAUGCCAUUUACGGGUUCUUCUUCACAGGGCCACUGAGUCACUUCUUCUACCUCUUCAUGGAGCACUGGAUCCCUUCCGAGGUCCCCUUGGCUGGGGUCAAGAGGCUCCUCCUGGACCGCCUCCUCUUUGCACCGGCCUUCCUGUUGUUGUUCUUCCUCACCAUGAACUUCCUGGAGGGGAGAGACGCAGCUGCGGUUGCUGUCCAGAUAAGGAGAAGCUUCUGGCCGGCGCUGCGUGUGAACUGGCAAGUCUGGACCCCGGCGCAGUUUGUCAACAUCAACUAUGUCCCUUUGCAGUUCCGAGUGCUUUUUGCCAACCUGGUGUCUCUGUUCUGGUACAUCUACCUGGCCUCUCUGGGCCAGUGAAGAGGACCUGGAGCGAAUGCAGACACACUGCCCGCGCGGGUCUAGGGACCACCUGCGUAGGGCGAGGGAGCAGAAGCAACCUAGUCGGGACUGUCUGACUGCACAUCAUGGGAUUGAGGAUGGAGAAACGAAUCUUUUACCUAAGAACCUUGUGUUUUAAAAAGGCAGUAACUGUCUCCAGGUGAUGCCGCCUUAGAGUCACAGAAUACAGUAGUGUUGACUUCACUUGUCACCUUGGAUUGAAUUAGGACAGCAAUAAACUAUAACGUAGCUUCUU